AUGAAGGUAUUGGUCAUCGGAUCGGGAGGUCGGGAGCACGCUCUGUGCUGGAAGCUGCGCCAAAGCCCGCUUCUAGAAGAACUCUACUGCGCGCCCGGCAAUCCGGGGAUUGCCCAGGUGGCCGACAUCGUGCCGAUCGCUGCCGACGAAGUUCACCAACUGGCUGACUUUGCCCGCGACAUGGGCAUUGGUCUCACCGUGGUCGGCCCCGAGCUGCCGCUGACUCUGGGCAUCGUCGACGAGUUCGUCAGUCGGGGCCUGGCGAUCUUUGGGCCGCGCAAGUUAGCCGCCGAGCUCGAGGGUAGCAAGGUCUUCGCCAAAGAGUUCAUGCGCCGGCACGGCAUCCCGACGGCGGAUUUCGAGAUCACUCACGACGCCGACAGCACCCGCCGAGCGGCGCGCAAGCUUGGCUUCCCGGUGGUGCUCAAGGCCGACGGGCUGGCCGCUGGCAAAGGCGUGCUGAUCCCCAAGAACAAGAAAGAACUCGAGCAGUGCCUGGUCACCUUCUUUGACGACCGCCGCUUCGGCGCCGCUGGCGAGCGGGUGGUGGUCGAACGCUUCUUGCCCGGUGAGGAGCUUUCGUUCAUCGCCAUCUGCGACGGCGAGCGGGUGCUGCCACUGGCCACCAGCAAGGACUACAAGCGCGUCGGCGAGGACGACCAAGGCCCCAACACCGGUGGCAUGGGCGCCCACAGCCCGGCCGGAGUGAUCGGGCACGACGCCGCUAGCAAGAUCCUCGAUCAGGUCAUGCGCCCAGUGGUCGCCGGCAUGGCCGACGAGAACCGCCCGUUCACCGGCUUCUUGUACGCCGGCCUGAUGCUGACCGGCGAGGGCCCGCUGGUGCUGGAGUUCAAUGUUCGGCUCGGCGAUCCCGAGGCCCAACCACUGCUGAUGCGGCUCGAUGACGAUCUGCUGCCAGUGCUGGCCCAAGCCGCUGCCGGCCGCUUCGAGACCCCGCGCCUGCACUUUCGCAAAGAGGCGGCAGCUUGCGUGGUGCUGGCCAGCCAGGACUAUCCGGGCAAGCCGGUCAAGGGCGAGCCGAUCACCGGCCUGGCAGAGGCCGAGGCGCAAGAUGCGGUCGAGGUAUUCCACGCCGGCACCACCGCCAAAGACGGCGUCUUGGUCACCCAUGGUGGCCGAGUGCUGAACGUCUGUGCCACCGGCUCGAACCUACGCGGCGCCCUACGGCGGGCCUACACCGCGGUACACGAGAUCCGCUGGCCGAGUAAGAUGCUGCGCCGAGACAUCGGCCGGCGGGUGCUGAAAUCCCUCGGCACCGGCGGUUGA